CUUUACUCUUCGCUUCUCUUAGUUAUCUCAACUCUGCUCCAGGACUCGGCCUCCCUAGGUGCUAUCUCUCGCGGCUUCCUUCCCCACGGGGUUCGUAUUUUACAGCAAAUGUCUUUUGAGCUCAGUUGGGAACAGCCGAUUCUUUAUUCUGAUUUUCGGUUUAUGAACUGUGGGAGACUGAGGUAUUUUUCUCAAAAGAUUUCUUUUAGGCAUUGGACCUGGCCUAUAUUCUACGCGUCAGGUUUGAUUUGACCCGUUUAUCCGUUUUAAUUCUUCAAUUCGGACCCGCUAAUUUAUUCUAAAGGGAGUUGCAGUUUUUCCUAAUUCAGUUUCUAGUGAUUACUUUGUACUUUUAUGAUGGGUAAAAACUCAUGGGCACCGGGAUUUCGAUUCCACCCCACUGAUGUGGAGCUGAUUAUGUAUUAUCUGAAGCGGAAAAUAUUGUGCAAGAAGCUUUCUGUCAAUCCAAUUGCUGAAGUCGAGAUUUACAAGUAUGCACCAUGGGACUUGCCUGAUAAAUCGUGUUUGAAGACCGGGGACCUUAAGUGGCACUUUUAUUGUCCGAUGGCAAAGAAAUACAGUAGAGGAGAUAGGGUGAAUCGAGCUUCUGCGUAUGGCUAUUGGAAAGCUACAGGAAAGGAUAGGGCUGUAAAGUACAAUGACGAAGUUGUAGGGAUGAUAAAAACCUUGGUUUUUCACCAAGGUAAAGCUCCACGUGGUGACCGAACGGAUUGGGUGAUGCACGAAUACAGACUUGAAGAUAAAAAUCUGGCUGACAGAGGGGUAGUUCAAGAUUCCUACAUGCUUUACGUUGUAUUCAAGAAGGAUGGUAUGGGCCCAAAAAAUGGUGCUCAAUAUGGAGCACCAUUUAAGGAAGAGGAGUGGAGUGAUGACGAUGAUGAGACAAAUUUGCCUGAUACAAGUUCCCUUUGCGGCACGUCUACAGUAGCUGUUGGUAGUGCCUCGUUCUUCCCUGAGAGCCUGUGUGUUGGAACAACUGUUGAUUCAAAUUGGGUUCACCCACAGCCAUCGUUUGGUCAUGCUAAUGAUGAAGUAAAUUGUACCGCUGUCACUGAUGCUGAUGUAUAUAGUUCCCCUACAUGCGUGGGGUUCACAAGUGGGGUUCACCCACAGCCAUUGGUUGGUCAUACUAAUGACGAAGUAAAUUGUACCACCGUCACUGAUGCUGAUGCUUAUACUUCCCCUACAUGUGUGGUUAAUACUGAAGCUCCCACUGUUGCUGCUGCUGACUCUGUUCCUGCACUGUUGGAGGCUCCUCAACUCGCCCUGGUUCCUAAAGAUCAAGAGCCCAACGAUAACAACAUUGUAUCUAUGCUGGAUCACUUUACUGAAGAUGAUUGUCAAAUGAUUUGGAAUGUUACUGAUUCAUUUACCGAGGCACCCCAAGUUUGUGAGGAAGAUGAUGUUCUAUCCAUGCUGGAAGCUUUCACUGAUGUCGACAAUUCAAAUAAUUGGUGCCUUUGAAUAAAGAUUUCAUAAAACACACACUCUUUCAAUUGUCGAAUUUGAUAGGUCUGCACCUUUUUUUUUUUUUCAUUUUUAGGAAUAAAUGCUACUAUUUGGUUUACCAGUUUUCUUAGCAGGAGUUUGGUUUGAGAUAAAA